AUGCCUGAAGAGCAAGUAUACCAUCUCCAUCCCCUAGGAUGGGAAAGCGACCCCGAGGAAGAGCGAUUCCAGUUGUCCACGCUGGACUACCUCACGGCACAGACCUAUAACAUGUACUGUCUAUUCUUCCGGCUCGACGAAGCCAGCAGACCCCGUGCCGUGGAGGUUCUGAAAGCCGGUCUCGAGCGAACCCUAAGCCAGGCUCGACACCUCUGCGGGACCAUCGAGAAAGAUCCCACUGGCGGGCACUCAUUUGUCAAAAGGAAAAAUAGCACCGUGAGAUUCGUCGUCCAAUACCUCGACGCUGAGAUCCACCCAUCGCUGGACGAUAUCGAGCAAUCGUACUUUUCAGCGGCGAGACUGGGCGAUUUGAAGCUUUGGAGUGUCCCUCCAAUGACUUAUGGCGAGAAGCCCGAGGCAAACCCAGAUAUCAGUCCGCUUGUGGCAGCGUACAAGGCCAACUUCGUCCGCGGUGGUCUGGUGCUCAUCAUGCACCACCACCAUUAUGCCAACGACAUCAUGGGCUUCGCUGGUCUUGCCCACCAGCUCGCAGAGAACUGCUAUUCUAUCGUCAACAACACCCCGUUCACGUAUUGGGACCCCAAGAACCUGGAUUACUCGCGCACAACCAAGCCGGAUCCCCCGGAGGAAUCUAAGAUUGAUGGCCCGCCUGCUCCUCAGCGACACCCAGACCUUCUACCAGGGAUAUCGCUUCUUUUCCACCUCCCCAAAAGUAAAGCAGCAGAGCUCAAAAAGCUGGGAACUCCGGAGGACGGAACCUGGAUUUCAACCUACGACGCUUUCUGCGCCUUCAUCCUACGAACUCUCACGCGCGUCCGAACCCCGGUCUUCAAACCGGAUAUGUCCUCCCAUAUCGUCUGGGGCGAAGGCGUCGAUAUGCGCAGACGCUUCCAUGAUCCACCAGUCCCCCCAAGACUGCAGGGGAACGCCAUGUCCGCCGCCCUAAACACAUUAUCCCCAGUGCCACAACCAACAGUAUCAGAGAUCAUCUCCGACUGGCCAUUCUGGAAGCUAUCAGCCUACAUCCGCGCGCUAACCAACAGCGUCACGCAGGAAGGGCUGGACGAGAUGCUCAGCAUGGCCGCGACAGUGCGGGACAAGACAUCGCUGAACAUCCGGUGCGACUCGAAGCCGCCAAUGUCGAUUCUCAUGACGGACCACCGCGACGUCAAUACCGCGGCUGCGGACUUUGGGUUCGCGACCCCGAUUGCGUACCGCCAUUUGCUGGACUGUGUUACCAACGGGGUGAUUGUUGUGUAUCCACCCCGUGGCAACGACGAAACCUCGGACGAGGGCUGCGAGUUUGCGAUCUUCUACGAGAGAGACCUGGCGCAGACGCUGAUUGAGGAUCCGGAGUGGAAUAGAUACUUUGAAUAUAGAGGCGUAGACGCUGUCGACGCUGCGUCUACACCUUAG